AUGGCGGAGCCCUGCUGGACUCUCGAUGUGUCUGUCUUUGCCUUCGCCUUCCUUCGUCCUCCCUGCUGGUUCUGCCAGGUCUCCGGUUCCCCUGGUGCCCCACAUCACGUCUCCUCGGGGGGAGGAGGGAGGGCGGUGCCCGUCCUGCUCCCUAGCUCACCUCUUCUGCUUUGUGUCUUUGCCUGGCAGGGGGACCCCAUUCCUGAGGAGAUCUAUGAGCUGCUCAGUCAGCCCUCGCUCCGCUCCAUCAGUGACCUCCAGCACCUGCUUCGGAUAGACUCCGUAGAGGAAGAUGUGGCAGAAGUGGACCUGAACCUGACUCGGGCACAUUUCCCGAGUGAGCCCGUGGUCCUGUCCCGGGAAAGGAGGAACGUAGCCGCAGUGACCGCGGCCGAGCCAGCCAUGAUCGCCGAGUGCAAGACGCGGACGGAGGUGUUUGAGAUCUCCCGGCGCCUCAUCGACCGCACCAACGCCAACUUCCUGGUGUGGCCGCCCUGCGUGGAGGUGCAGCGCUGUUCCGGCUGCUGCAACAACCGCAAUGUCCAGUGCCGCCCCACCCAGGUGCAGCUGCGCCACGUACAGGUCAGGAAGAUUGAAAUUGUACGGAAGAAGCCAACCUUUAAGAAGGCAACAGUGACCUUGGAGGACCACUUGGCCUGCAAGUGUGAAACCAUAGCAGCUCCUCGGAGCUCUGGGAGCCCCCAGGGACACAGAGGUGGACCCAUCCCAAACAAGGUGACAGUGCGGAGGGUGCGGAUACGGCGGCCGCCCAAAGGGAAGCACCGAAAGUUCAAGCACACCCAUGACAAGACGGCCCUGAAGGAGAGCCUCGGCGCAUAGGGGCACCCUCCAGGGAGAGCAUGAUGGGCAGGUUUAUUUAAUGUAUUUCUCGUAUUGCCCCCAUGGGGUUCUUGGAGUGAGAAUAUUGUUCUUGUCCGUCCGUCUCGGAUGGCAAAUGGUGCUUCCCCCGCCCCACGGCCCUGCAGUGGAUCUCCUGUCCCUCCCAGCUCAGCGGCACCCCGGCUCGCACCCUUCGCGUCCAGUAGCUCCUGGGGCCCGGCAAAGGCCCUGUACCCCGACCCCCACCCUCCCCACUGGCAGUGAAGGUCCUGGUGGGGAGGAAAGGGAGAAGCGGAGGACACCUUCGGUGAGAGGGGCCUCUCCUUCCAUCCCUCUCGCUUUCCUCCCGGAGGCCUGGCCUGGGUGACAGAUGGGACACCCCCAGUGGGGGCCUGCAAGCAUCGGACCACCAAGCCAGAUUUGGCCCCCAAGGACUUGGGCCCCGAGCCCGAGUGUCAUCUCGAGGGUCCUGGACUGUGUGUGUGGGCUUCAGGCAAGACUUCUCGGAACCUGGCCAGUGCGCGAGGAGCACGGAGCUGGACGAGGCCAUCACUCCCCAUGUCCUGCCCAUCCCCUGCUCGGUUAUUUCACUUUUUAUGCACAUAAUUUCUUCUGAAGCGGGUUUUGCCGUGGGAGAGCAGCCCGUGGCCAAUAGUGCCAAUGGGGGCUCACCUCCUGCUCCUCAGAGCACCGUCUCAGGUGGGCUGGAGACUGUCCUGUUGAGGGAAGCGGGACCCAGUCUGGUCAUUUCCUUGUCCUGUCUUUCAUCACUCACCCUCCCCUCCUCCUUUCCUCCCUUCUUCCCUCUCCCUGCCUUCAUUUUCCUACACUAAGCUCAGCCCCCACCAGAGCCCUGGCUCAGGCAUGCCCAGGGGGCAUGAGUGGGAGGCUCAGGCUCCUUAAAGAAGGGGAACCCAGAUGUAUGGUGUGAUGGAGGCUAGAGUCUGAUGGAUCCACAUUUGGGUCUGUUUCUGGCUUCUGCCAUUAACAUAUCCACCCCCAACCUCAUCCCAACCCUGUGCCCUUAGGCAAAUCCUUUCCCUCUCCAGGCCUCAGUUUCCCCAUCUGUAAAAUGAAGGGGUUGGACUAGAUGAUCUCUAAGGUUUCUUCCAACUCUUAAGUACAGUCCGUCCCAGAGCAUUCUUGGCUCUACCUACUUGGGCCUCCUUUGGGGAAGGGCACCUGGGGAGAGAAGAAAACCAAAAAGGAUCUCACUUGCCAUUCCCAGAGGCUUCUGAGACUUGGAAACCAGCCCUCUGGCUUCUCCCAGGGUCAGCUUUCUGGUUUUCUUGGGGGAAGGAAUGGGUUGGGGUGGCUCGUUCAGGGGUCCCCAGGCUUCCCUUCCCACUUUCUGCAGCCCUUUUCCCUACUCUGAAAUCCGCUUCCUUCAGUUUGUAAAGUUGGUGAUUAUUUUUUUUUGGCUUUUCUUUUAUUUUUUAAAUGUAAAAUUAAUUUAUAUUCUGUAUUUAAAGUUGUAAAAAAAAACCAUAUGAAACAAAAGCAAAUGAACCCAC